AUGUCUCAAUCAAGAACCAGUCCUCUGGCGCCAUGGAUGAUUGCUUUAAUUGUGGUAGCGGUAUUGCUGGUCUUAGCCACUGCCAUUGGUUUGCUUGUGUACUUUUUGAUAUAUGAUCAGAAGCUAUUCUUUUACAAUGCUUCCUUUAAAAUCAAAAAUAAGCAAUAUCAGCCUAGCUAUGACAAACAGACUUCAGCAGAAUUUAGAGAACUGAGCAGAAGUAUUGAGAUUUUGAUUAAACAAGCAUUUCACGCUACUCCCUUAGAAAACAGGCUCAUUAAUGAACGUGUUGUCAGGCUAAGCCCGGGGAAUGAUGGUGUCCUGGCAGAUGUGCUGCUAAUAUUUAAGUUCAUUGCCACAGAUAAUAAAGAGACACUAUGGACAAAUAUUUAUCAAAGUUUGCUGAAAAAACUGAAGUCAUCAACAUGGCCCUUAAGUAUUGAUAUUUCUUCUUAUAAGCUUUCAGAAAUAAAUGAAAAAAAUGGUACAAAUCUUCUCAACAGUUCAGGCUGUGGGACACGACUGGACAGAUCUGUGGAGAGAAUCUAUGGAGGAACCAUUGCAGGGGAAGGGGAAUGGCCCUGGCAAGCUAGUCUCCAGCUAAAUGGCAUUCAUCGUUGUGGAGCAACAUUGAUCAGCAAUAACUGGCUUGUGACUGCUGCUCAUUGUUUUAGAGGUGUCCGAGAUGUCAGAAGUUGGACAAGUAGUUUUGGGGCUCGUCUAAGACCUCCAAGAAUGAGAAGGAAUCUUCGCGAGAUCAUCAUUCAUGAGCAUUAUGCUAAUAAUGUCAUGAACCAUGAAUUUGAUAUUGCUGUUGUACAGCUUUCAUCCCCAGUGGAAUUUACAACUGAUGUACAUCGUGUUUGUCUUCCAGAAGCUUCAUAUAGUUUUCCAGAAAAUACGACUUGUGCUGUUACAGGAUUUGGUGCUCUUAAAGAUGAUGGUCCCAGUGUUGGUGAACUUCGUCAAACAGAAGUGAAAAUUAUAAGUAAUCAAGUUUGCAACAGAAGACAAGUAUAUAAUGGAGCCAUUUCAUCUGGAAUGCUCUGUGCUGGAUACCUGGAAGGUGGAAGCGAUGCUUGUCAGGGUGAUUCUGGUGGACCAUUGGUUACAUCUGAUUCAAGAGGAAUAUGGUACCUUGUUGGCAUAGUAAGCUGGGGAGAUGAAUGUGCUAAGCCAAAUAAACCUGGAGUCUAUACACGAGUUACUUACUAUCGAAGUUGGAUUGCUUACCAUACAGGAAUCUGA